AAUAUUUGGCAGAAAUACAGCCAACUGACAAAAACUGUUUGAAAACAAAUGAAUCAAGCUGUGAAUCAUCUGAAUACGAAACUUUUACCAGAUGUCGAGAACUGCUCCAUGUCAACUCAGAACAUAUCCUCGUAACUUGGUACAAACUCAUAGGCCCAUUCUUGAUAACUGCUUUGUUAAUCACAUAUAGAUGAGAUACAGCAGGGUCAGUUACUGACCCUGCUGUAUCUCAUACUGAACGUCAGUAUAUACAUAAGUAAUCAGGACUAUGCCCUAAUUAAUUGUAUUGACAGGACCUUCUGGCCAAGCAACAUUUCGCCGUUGUAAAAGUCGUCAUUUUUGUGGAAAUUGUCGGAACUCUAAUGUGACUGUUUUAGGUCUAUGGUAUUAGUGUUUCUGGUAUACCACUACUGUUUAUGAAAACGGUCGCAAAAUGUAAAAACGGAGCUAAAGACGAUUCGACCGACGAGCAGCGUCCGGUAACGAACACACAAGACUGCGAUAACAAAAAAGAAAAGCGACAAUGGCGAGCAGUUCGUGUAAUAGCAGAUGAUUCGGAUUGA